CUAACAAUUGCAUCAGUUAUUAUAGAUGAUGCUAAUCGAUCUCUCAUAAACAAAAAGAAAGAGGCAAAUAGUGAUGAGGCAAAUGACUUCUGGAAAGGCGUUGAACAUGAUAGAAAUGCCAAGGAAUUUGAAGCUAUUCUUGAAAAUUUAGAUGUCAUAAAACGCACUUCCGAAAAUUACCAAGAGGAAAAUUUUAUUGAUUCGAAUAAAAACAAUUAUUCUUUAAGAAAAAAACAACGUCAAAAUUAUAAUGAAGAAGAAAUGAUUAAGAGGCAAUAUCAAGACAGAGAAACUUCUCCAUCACCACGCCGACAACAUGCAGGCAACCUCUUAUUUGAUAACAGCCAGGAAUCUGACGAGUCGGAUACCGGAAUUGAACCUAG